GAGAGGCAACAUCGCUGUCUUGGGCUGAUUUUGUAUCGAAGUGCGGGCAGAGAUCGCAGUUGGGUAACCCUCUUCAAGCGGGCGUGAAUUUUCGUGAUGAGUUUGCGUUUAAGACGGUGUCUUGGGAGGGUUUAGUAAAGCAAGUACGAGAGGGUUUAUUUGCUGCAUCUCCUUCUUUUUUGCUGCUAGCAAUGAACCCCACUCUUACUGCAGCAGCAACUCGCAAGCCCGCAACGCCCCUCACAGAGACACCAGGUGACCCUGGCCCCACACGCGAUCUCCUUGCUGAAGUCGAGCUCUUAGAGAAAGAAGAAGAAGGGAUGAAGGGAGACGGAGCUGAUUUAGCGCUCGCGUUCGAUUCCCACCUAGCUGAAGAAAUUGCUAAAUUAAACCCAGGAGAUAAAAUUGCAUUCGAGGCAACGCUGCAUGAAUUAGGAAAGAGAGGGAAGCCUACAUUGGGUCGUUUAUGGCGGGUGCAGUUGGUGGAGCCGUGGGUGUCUCGGGAGUUGCGUUUGAAGAAGGCAGCAGCAGCAGCAGCAGCAGCAGCAGCAGCAGCAGAGACAUUAUCAGAUUCUCUGUUCCCUGAUAUGCUGCUAGGAGGCAUGGGUGGGGGCUUACUGAUGGGCUUAGGGGGUGCGUUCGGAGGCAUCAGGCUACCCUCUUCUAUGUUAGGGCGAGGGGUUGUUGUUGUACGCUCAACUACAGUUGGAGACGGCGGAGAGGUAGUAGAGCAGCAAGUAUGGAAGGCGGGAGGAGACGAUCCCGCAGGUACUUUGCUGCUGCAGCAGGAAGGAGGCGUGCAGCUUGCUGCUGGAGGCAGCCUCGCAAAUGCUUCAGGAGAUGUAGGAGUUCUUUCUAUGUUAAACCAACUCAUAGAGCAGCUGCAGCAGCACCAGCAUCAACACCAGCAGCAGCAGCGGCAGCAGCGGCAGCAGCACUUUAACUUUGAUCGAAUGAAUGCAAUGCUAUCGGUUGAGUUUCCUGAAGAAGAAGAAGAAGGAGACGAUAAUGAAGAUGGAGACACCGGAGACGAUGAGGGACAGAUAGAUGCAACCAGCAUUCUAUCAGGCUUUACACAGCAGAAAGCAGCAGCAGCGGCAGCAGCAGCAGCAAAAGACAGCAGCACAAGACAUAUACCAGAGACACAAGAAGAAGAUGAUCUAUUCUACUACCUUCCACCGCGAGGAGACAGUUCAGAAGGCCGGGAGACCUCUCCUGAUAUUUUUGCUAUGCCAUCUCAAGCUACAGACAGCAGCAAAGAGAGUGAACAGCAGCAGCAAAAGCAGCAGCAGCAGCAACAGCAGCAGCCGCCGCAAGAGCAAGAGCAGGAGAAGAAACAGAAGCAGAAACAGGCAAAGCAGCAGCAGCAGCAGCAAAAACAAACAAAGGGACAGACGCGUAAAGAUCCAGGGAGCACUCCAGCCCCCGCGAAAACCAAGCAAGCAAACAAGCAGCAGCAGAAACAAAAGCCGCAGCAGCAAAAGCAAAAGCAGCAGCAGAAGAAGCAGCAAACGCCGCCUCCCCGCGAGAAUCAGGACAAUCAGACGCAGAAGCAGCAGCAACAACAACAACAAACGCCUCCUGCUGCUCCUGACCAACCGCAGCUGCAGCAGCAGCAGCAAGUGCCUCCAUACCAACCACAGCAGCAGCAGCAGCAAGCGCCUCCAUACCAACAGCAGCAGCAGCAGCAAGUGCCGCCGUUCCAGCCGCCGCCGCAGCAGCAGCAAGUGCCUCCGUUCCAGCCGCCGCCACCGCCGCCGCCGCCGCCGCCGCCGCCGCAGCCGCAGCAGCAGCAGCAAGUGCCUCCGUUCCAGCCGCCGCCGCUGCCGCAGCAGCAGCAAGUGCCUCCGUUCCAGCCGCCGCCGCCGCAGCAGCAGCCAGUGCCGCCGUUCCAGCCGCCGCCGCAGCAGCAGCAGCAAGUGCCUCCAUAUCAGCCGCAGCAGGAGCCCUACCAACCGCAGCAACAGAUGCCUCCGCCACCACCCGAAGGUCAGGGCUACCCGCCGCCACCUCCGCAGCAGCAACAGCAACAGCAACCGGAGCAGCAGGAGGCUCAGCCGUAG